AUGGCUUCAGUCAGUCAGACAAAGGCGAAUCAGUUUUUGCCUUGAUAUGAAAUCAAAUUAGGGAACGGUAGCGGGAGAGUCGGACAUCGUCCUGUUUUGCUGGUUCAUGUCUGGCGACGGGGAUUAAAGGGACGGAAACACUGUCAGUUGAGUUGAAUAAAUGCUGUGGUGCACGGAGGCCCCGCACGCGCACAAUCAGAAUGUCCCAUUAUACAGAUGAGCCUCGUUUUACCAUUGAGCAGAUCGACUUGCUGCAGCGGCUACGUCGGAGCGGCAUGACAAAGCAAGAGAUCUUGCACGCCCUGGACACCCUCGACCGGCUGGACCGCGAGCACGUGGAGAAGUUCGGCCACCGGCACGCCCACGGCGGGAGCGGGGCGGCCGACGUCAAUCACGGCAACGGCAGCAAUGCCACCACCUCUUCCAACUCCUGCACUACCUCCUCUAACAACCUCACAGCCUCUUCUUCGACGACCUCUACAGCCACGCAGACGGGAUACCGUAGCAAUGGCCUCUCUCCCUCCCCUAGCAACAGCUAUGACACCUCCCCGCCCCCGAUGGUCCCCACCCCCGUGCCGGUAGUAGCACCCUUGGUCCAAAAUGGACGGGACCUCGCCGCUAUGCCCAAUGGGAAGCUCUCUCCGCCCCGCUUCGCUGUUAGCAACACCUCACGGGCCUUUGCAUACGAGCACCCAGAUGAGGAAGUGGACAUCGAUGACAAAGUUGAGGAGCUCAUGAGAAUGGACAGUGCUAUAAUUAAAGAAGAGAUUAAAGCGUUCUUGGGGAACCGGCGAAUAUCACAGGCAGUAGUUGCCCAAGUUACAGGUAUCAGUCAGAGCCGGAUCUCUCAUUGGCUGCUCCAGCAGGGCUCAGACCUCAGUGAGCAGAAGAAAAGAGCCUUCUACCGCUGGUACCAACUAGAGAAAACUACACCUGGUGCAACACUAGCGAUGCGGCCCGCCCCGAUGGCCCUGGAGGACAUUGUGGAGUGGCGUCAAACCCCUCCUCCCAUUAGCAGCACCCAGGGCAGCUUCCGUCUGCGGCGCGGCAGCCGCUUCACCUGGAGGAAAGAGUGUCUGGCGGUGAUGGAGAGGUGA